AUUGGAUUUAGUGGAACCUUUAAUAAUCAAUAAAUCUAUCUAUAAUUUAGAAAUGGAUAUUGCAAUAUAUUAUAGGUUAAAAUACGCAAACACAAUCUGCACAUCGGUAAUUUGGAGAACAUUUGCAGGGAAGAAAAAUUAAAGCUUUAGACCAGCGUAAUAAAAAUACGAAAAAGUAACAUUAAUUUGAUUCCGUGCUGAAAUAAAAGCUACGAUACUAGGCUCGAGUUGGCAUACGAAAGAUAAAAGUAAAAAAUUAACAAUAAUAGAGCUGAACAGUAAAUUAUUAGUUUUAAAAUUAUAAAGUUUAUAAUUCACAAAAGUUGUAAAAUAUCACAUCUUAGAUCAUACGUUCUUUACAUCUUUUAACAUUAACAAAAAUUGUCGACAGUAGAAUCGAUUCCAUUAUUUGCCACAAAUCAUGCCGCUGACCUUGCCCGUGUAAGAAAUUUUUGUACAACACGAAACCUGAAGGCAAGGAAUCGCAAUGUUUCGUUCGCAAACACUAGUUCGUAGUUUUAUUAGACGGAAACCUACAUGCACAGGACAAACAAUAUCGAAACAGUGCUUAUGCACCCUUAAUACGGCUGUUGAAAAAUGCGUCAUUAAGAGGUAGGCUUAGUAAUAGUAAUAGUCUUCUAGUAUUCAGUUAGUUACACUACUCACUUUCAACUUUGACUUUACUCCCCCAUAAAAUUUAUUGUCAACAAUCAGUCGAUCAUUAAUAGAUAUCUCUUACGAGUCCUAGGUAUGUUGCUAGGAUGUAGUGAGUAGUGUGUGUACUGAGACUGUGUCACCAGUUACAAGACCAACUGUAGGCCUAGGCCUGCUUUAUUAGAAUUAAAUUAUCACCCACAAUGCUGAUGCUCCAUCUGAGCUGAAAAAAACAACAAAAUUUAUUUUUACCAACUUAAUUAUUUUUUUUAACAUUAAAUUUCAAUGUUAUAAUCAUAGGUGAGUUUCAGUUAUAGAUAGGCUUGCUAUCUUGAGUAUCUAUUAUAUGCAUAGUUUAGUAAUUUUUAGUAUGCACAGAUUUUCAAUGCAAUAAUAAGUUGAAUAGGCUCAAUUCAAUUGGGUUUGUCAUUUCUCAGACCGGAAAACGUCAUAGCGUUACUAUUUUUAGAAUGUCAGACAAAUAUUGCUUAAAACAUGGCAGCUAAUAGUGUGUUUCAGUUUCAGCAUAUCGAUCCUUGUAAGUUUCAGCAUAUCGAUCCUUGUAUUUAGAGUCACUGUUACAACAUGGGCCGUACGCUCAAUGUCCCAUUUCACAAAAUAGCAGUAAAAAAAUUGUGUCAAAUUCAACUGUCAAAUAUUUUGUAAAAUAUAGUUGUAAAAAAGUUUUGAUUUAGGUUCUGGGACACUUAGCUAACAUAGUAACAUAGUAGUACUGAACAGUGUUAACAUUUUGUCCGACCCAAGUAUCCGGAUGAUUACAGCAAUUCUAAUAAUAGAUUUCCGCCAUUAAAUGACAAGCCCUAUUUGUCUUAGUCUCUCUACUCUUAGUGUACCGGUAGUUAUUGGUAUAGUGCAAGAUGCCUACAACACAUGAAAUUAUUGAGCCCAUUGCCUAUUCUAUAAUAUUAGUAGUAGCCUAUUAAAGUGGGCUCUCACAACAUAAUAUGUGUACAGCCCUAACUAUGACUUUAUAUCAAAUAGCAUUCAUAUAGUCAUAGUAUUUAUUUGUGCACAGAGCUUUCCCGGCACCAACGUCGAGUAUGGGAGUUCAUGAAUAAUUGUUGCGAUUGGAUAUUAUGUUUGAUUACAUGUGUUUUUGAGAUUAAUUAUUUAGUAAAGGUUUUUCGCACUUACUUGGUGACAUAUUUUUAUGCUUAUUAGGACAUAUUGUCUAGUCUGUUUUGUGAUGUACGUUUUAGUCGUGCGGCAGGCAUGAAAGGAAUUUGUGGAAGAAGGUUGUGAUUUCUCUCUGAUGGUGAGCUGAGCUAUACAUGUGUAUAUGGCGUUAACAGUCUGUGAAUUUACAUUAUAUAUUAAAAAUUAAAGUUGCAUUUAUUAUGAAAAAGGACUUGAGUUGAUUCAGUGCUAGUACAACGUAUUACAAUGUGUAAAAGAACUUGAUGAAAUAACCAGUCUAGUAUAAACAGGAUUUUGACUUUAAAAACAAAUAGGAAUCUGAAGCAAGCCACCUGCACACACACACUGUCAAAUAUAACCUUGGUCAUAUUCGCUUGCAAAGGACAAACAAAAGCAUACUUCUAUUGAGUAUUUUCUCAUACUUACUCUAGACACUAGUCCUCUGUAACAUUCAGACUGGGAGUUAUUCAUAAAUUCACUUACUGUCAUUUAUGGACAUCACACAUCUUGAGGAGGAGGGAAUCACAACUGUGUGACAAUGUAUUAUUAUGUGGGUGUCUCAGUUUUUGACGAUUGGGCUUGGGGUAGAUGAGGUAAAGAAAUUGGCCAAAAUAGCAUGAUGUAAAUUGUGUCUAUGGCCUAUAAUUUUAGAUUUAGAGUAAAGGAAUAUUAUUCUUUUUAAGCUGUAACUAUUGUACAUCUGAUAGCCGGCUGUCAAGUUCCUUUCUAUAUGUUAAAUAUUAGGCUAAGUAAAGUAAAUGCAUUCUUGUGAUCCAAAGAGCCUGGUGAGCUGUUAAUAUGAUUAAUGAAUUGUCAUGUAGUGGUAGAAUUAGCUCUUGUCCAGCACAUUAUCAGCCUGUCACAGCUUCUUUCACUUUCUCUUUUUUUUAUUUAUAGAGUAUUAUUGUUUCUUAUUACAUAAUAAAAAGCUAUUACAUAAUAAGUUAAGUCAUUUAUAGAAAAUAGAAAUUAAAUAUGAAGCCUCAGUUGGAGAACAUAGAAAAAUAUGCUUGUUUUGACGAGUCAUGACAAUGCCAGUCCAACUAAGGAUAGGGAAAUCUUUUUACUGUUAGUUAUUUACUCAACCCAUUGCAAUGCUUUUAAAACUCAGGCUUUGUUUAAACAAACACUUAGUACUUAUUGUUAAAUUUCAUCUUUUGUAACAUGUAAUUAGGUUACAUUCAAAUCAGAACACUAAAUAACACUUUGAAUAAGAUUUUUUAAAAUUAUAUUAUUCAUAUAUUACUGGUGAACAAACUCUUAAAAAACUACUUUUCUUAUUUAUUUUAAAAAAAAAAAGUUUUACUUUUUAUUUAUAUUUGUAUACAAUUAUGUAUUAGCUGUAAGAAGGGAUUUUACCACCUCAUUUAAUGAUACUAUUAUUGCUUCUCCCAUAGAUGUGUAAGUUCAGCCUACCAAUUCCAAGCUCUGGUUACAGUUGCAGAUAAUAAGAAGGAAUUUAAAAGAUGUUACAGUUCAGGUAGAUUGCUUCACAGCUAUUCAUUUUCCCCCAUAAUUUAUAGAACCAAUUGAAUUCUCUUUCUUGAAUCAUUGUUAGACCUGGUCACAACACCUGCACAAGCUUAUCAGUCAUGUAGUUAAAUAAAUAGUAUUGAAUAAAAACAUUUUCCAUAGCAUUUUUAAAAAAAAGAUCCUGCUAAGCUACUUGAUUUGGUUCUACUAGCAAUGAAUUGGUGGCAAAGUAUUUAUAGUGCAUACCGGGUACUUUUUUUUUUUUCCCAUCAUCACAGUUAAUUGUCUGAAUUUAGAGUUUGUUGGAAAUAUUUUAAAAAAUAAGAAUGGGAACACCUGAAAAAAUAUGCAACAAUAUAGGGAAGCCUUCUUCAGCAAACAACAGUAAAAAUAAUAUAAAAUAUAUAUAAACACUUAGCUGCAAUGUAGUAUUCAAGAGGGCAGCAAGAGGAAUGUGAUAGAACAAAAGUAAGUGAGAGACUUAAUACAGGCAAAAUGAGAUGGAAGAGAGAAAAAGCAAGUCCACUUAAAGUUGCCUUUUAGUUGGGGGGGGGGGGGGGGCAGAAAAGGUUAAAAAAGUGAAUGGGAACAUGACAUUGCAUGUGUUGUUAAGGUCCCAUAAGUCUGAAUCAGUUUGUUUUUCAAGUUUAUCCUGUUUGGUGUGUUGGUACAAGACACAAUGACGGGGAUACCAAAAUCUCUUGAGCCAUUGGGGUCACUGCUAUUUAAGUAUUUUGAAAGGGACAUUGGUUAUCUUCUGCAAUAUUAUAAAGGUAUUCAGUACAUCUGUCAGAGAGGUGGCGUCCAGUCUAACACCAUCUAGCAGUGGGUACAAACAAUGGCAUAGACAACAUGGGAGCUAGUACAAAAGAAACCGUCCCUUAUCUGAAAACUACCCUUAUGGGAAGGGAAUGUGUGGAGUCUGAAUCCAAAUGGCUUGGGCCCAAAGUGGGAGGAGACAGCACAGAUGCGACUAUGUACAAGGAUAUCAUGCCUAUUUUUAGCUCUAUUGGAAACAAUUGAAUUGUUAAUGUUUUUAAUCAAAUCUAUUUAUUGUUUUCACUCUGCUUCCCAGGUAGCUUGCCCCACCAUGUCAAGGUUGUUCUUCCUGCUCUGUCACCUACCAUGGAAUCGGGAACAAUUGUUUCAUGGCAAAAAAAGGAAGGAGACAAAGUUUCAGAGGGUGACUUAUUAGCAGAUAUAGAAACAGACAAGGCUACAAUGGGUUUUGAGUCAUCUGAGGAAGGCUAUCUUGCUAAAAUUUUUAUUCCUGAAGGGACAAAGGAUGUCCGUCUUGGGAAGGUAAUGUCAUUUUAAAAUAUUUUCAAAAUUUGCUUCAACUUCAAGUCUUCCAAAAGUAAUUUGCCUGUAGUUUAAAUUAAAAAUAAUUAUUUCUUCACAAUAUUUCCCAAUCAAUUUCAAACUAAUCUUGCCAGAUAUUGAUACACAUCAGAAUAAGAAAGUACUCGACUGAAUUAUCCAAAAUGCCACGUUGUUUUUUUUUAAACCCCUUUGCAAUGUCAAUGUCAAUCCAGCUUUAACAUCAAAUUACUCUUUUUCCCAUUAAAGAUACCUUUGCCUUUGUAGGUGAGACAAAUAAACUUGAGCAUUUAUUUAUGUCUGAACAUAUGCUAAAAUUACUUUUAUCGCACCAAUCUGGAAUUUUCAUUGAAUGAAGAUCUUAAAGUCAUGACGCAUCUUAAAGGAGCAAACCCAUAAGUGGUCAAACAAGAAUUGCAGAAUCAAACAUUGUAUCAAACAUUUUUUAUUCAGAAAUCAUUUGAAAAUAAGAAUCAUAUGGAUCAGACUAUCUUGGGUUUGGAUAGUUAUUUUUUAAGCAAAGUUGGUUGGAUAUAGUGAGCUAUUAAUCAAUUUGAAAUAUUAGUUAAAUAAUAAUAAUGUAAGUUUCAUGUACAGACUGAAAGAAUGAAAAUCAUUAAUGUUUGUGUUAAAUUUCAGUUAAUGUGCAUUAUUGUAAGCUCUGAGGCUGAUAUUGCUGCAUUCAAAGACUAUGUAGCUAGUGCUAGUGAUGACCAGCCCCCACAAGGGUCAGGGCCUGCAGCAGCCCCACCUCCCCCCCCUUCACCUACACCUGAAGUUAAGGCGUCUGCUCCAGCACCAUCUCCAACUAAACUGACCCCGCCUGCCUCUGUUCCACCUGCACCAGCUUCAAGUACUGGAACCAGAGUCUUUGCCACUCCAUUAGCCAAGACUUUAGCGGCAGAGAAAGGUGUUGACUUGAGGGUAGGUCAUUCUCAAAACAGAUUAUUCUUUUAUUUUUAUUUGCUCAACUUAUUUACAAUACAUUACAACAAAUUAAUUUUUGUUUAAAACAAGAUUUCCGAAAACAAUAAUUGGUUUAACAUCAAAAAUAAAAACAUUCUUUAAAAUGAAUUAUUUUUUAUCUUUUAAACCAAAUUUUCGUAUAAUAUUAUAAUAUCAUCUUGUUUUCAUAUUGUUUUUCUGGGCAUAUAUUAGUAAGUAAGUUAUUUACACGUAUGGUAAGGUGGCUGCAAAAAUUGAAGAAAAAUUUUUUGUGUGCACAUUUUAUAUAUUAUCAGGGUAACUAACUUCAUUAAGAAAUAAAGGAUUUAUGUUAAUUUGCAUGAUUUUUCUAUCCUUCAAUAUUUCUUCACUUGACCAGUUUCAUUGAAUGAGUCAUUUUGGUCAAUUAUUCUGUUGUAGAUAUUAACAUUACAGUAUUUUAUUAGUUGGUAUAAAACAAAUAAUCACUCCAUACAUCCUCCAGAGUGUUGCUGGUAGUGGACCUGAUGGUCAGAUACGAGCUAAUGACAUACUUUCAGCUAGACCAGCUGCUGCAGCAGCAACAGGCCUUUCAGCACCUUCAGCCGCUACAUCAACAAGUUUUACUGAUUUGCCACUAUCGAAUAUUAGACAGGUAGUGUGUUAUUGAUGUUUUUUCAACAUGCAACAUUAAAGCAUUAUUAAUAUGAAGGCUGAAACUAAAUAAGGAUGUUACUAUAACUUUGAUGCAGUAUGCAGAAAUGUUGUAAAGAAAUGACACAUUAUGUUUUACCUGUCUUAAAUUUGAUUGAACACAUGGGAAAUCUCAUGUUUUUUGUUUACUUUACUAGGUAGGAUUGAAUUGAAAGGCUUCAGAAAGUAACAUUAAAAAAAAAUAUUUUUUUUUUGCUUACAUAUCCUGAUUUCCCAUAUUUAUCAGGGGCUAAUGUACAUGUAUUUUUUAAAAAAAAUAUUUACAGGUCAUAGCAAAGCGACUUACACUUUCUAAACAAACGAUUCCUCAUUAUUAUCUCAACACUGAUGUCAAUGUAGACAAGAUUCUGAGGUAUUUCUUUAUGAGGAAACAAUCUAAUGAUUAGAAUAAGAUAUUAAUUGUAAAUGAUGAAUCAUUAACUUUUUUCAGAUUACAUGCAAGAGCAUACAUCAUAUUUUUACAAAGCUAUUGAAAUGAUGUAUACACUAUAGAAUCAUACUUUAAAAAAAUACAAACAAUUUAAAUCAGUGCAAUCAACUUUCCUUUGAAUUCACUUUUUUAUCCCAUAGCUUCUAAAUAUUGCAUUUAUAACCAGGUUGUGUUCCUUUUUGCUAUAGAAGUGCUAUCAUAUAAAUGAACUAUUAAAAUUAAUGGCAUACAUUCAAAUUGGUGAUAUAAUAUUUAAAAAAUCAAUUGUAUGUUUUUGUAUUGAGUAAACUUACAUGCUGAACCAUGGCACUUCCCUUCAUUCAGCAAGCAUUGGGCCCAAUUUGAAGAGAUCACAAGGAGAGAAAAAAAUAAGGGGUCAUUCGCAAAUUAUGUCAUGCCAAAAAUUACCUUUUCAGACACUCAACACACACACCAGUCACAAAGUGUCACAUCCCCCCAGUGUCACAUCCCCCCAGCUCAGAUGUUUUCUUCACUCUCAUCAAAUAAUUGUGAAAUCAGUACUUUUCUGUACCGUACUAUGGUUUUAAAAAGAGACACCAAAAGCACUGUUUUGAGUCACUUGCAAAAGAAUGUGUGUAAAUUUACAAAAACAUGUAUUAGCCAGAAAAUCUUGUUUAAAUUAAAGUCUGAAAUCAUGUUUUAAAGUUAGACAGAGUACCAAAAUCUUAUAAUGAGACAUAGAACAAUGGACUCUUGCUUUCAUUUAUUUUAAGAAUUGCUAUAUUUUAUUUUUGACAUUGUUAGUGUUGAAUUGAAAUUUGUUGUAAGUGCUAAAUAAUUAAUUCUACAUCUAGUUACGCCCAUCUUAUGUUAAUAUUACAUUAUUUUCAGUAUUCGUAAGGACCUUAAUGCAGCUUUGGAAAAGCGAAAGCUGAAUAAAAUUUCAGUCAAUGAUUUCAUUAUUAAAGCUUCUGCACUUGCGUGCAAGAAGGUUCCUGAAGCUAAUUCUGCAUGGAUGGGAGACUUUAUAAGACAGUAAGUUUAAAUAGUUUACAAUUUUAAUUAAUGGGAAACUUUAUCCGGAAAUAAUUAUAGAGAAUAUUUACAAAUUAAUUUUCAAGAAAUUUCCCUUUAACUUUCAAAAAUGUAGUAAGCUUUGAGUACUUAUUGCUACCUCACAAUCUGAGUACUUUAUAUAAAAACAGAUCAUAUAUAGUACGAAUCAUUUAAUCCACAGAUACUCUACAGUAGAUGUCAGUAUAGCUGUUGCAACAGAUAAUGGACUCAUAACACCUAUUGUCUUUAAUGCGGAAACAAAAGUAAGGACUUACCUCAUAAUAAAUUAUAUUUAAACAACUGGUCUUAACUCACUGCCCUAAUGAAUCUCUGAUUUAUCACAACGUUUUAUUUUAUAUAUCAAAUAUGCACACAAAAAAAGCUUGACAGCCAAGAGGAUAAAUUUACAAAACUAACUGAUGUACAUUUGCUUCUAAUUAUUUAAAACUCGUUAAAAAUGGAGGUUUAAUUAUAAGCAUUUUUAAAGUUUGGUACUUAAAAAGGUUUGAUUGCUUUUUAAAAUAUUUUAAUAAAGGUUUCUUCUGGCAUUGGGCUUUGAAUGUGCCAAAAGUAUUCAAAAUGUAUAAUCUUUUUAAAAAAAAAUUUUUUUUCUUUAAAUCUUUAAAUGUCUUCUUGAAAAUAUUUGAUAUCCACUAGCUGAAAUGCAUAUUUGUUGUUGAUUAUAACAUGUUUAGAUCAAGUUUUUUUUUCCUUUUUAGUUCAAUAAUAUUUGUGCCCAUCACUUUGCAGGGAUUAUCCCAAAUAGCUCAAGAUGUAGCCAGCCUAGCAGCUAAAGCAAGGGAAGGGAAGCUACAACCUCAAGAGUAUCAGGUUUUAUAAAUUUGUUUUCUCUUCAAAAUUAACAUGUUGUUUCUUAUUGCAAAUUAAAUACAGUCACUCAGUUCUUAGAAGAGCAUUAUUGCUUUUAUCAUUAAAAAAAAUCUCUUUAGAAUGUUUUUAAUUCAAUAUGAUUAUUUCUACUUCAAAUUAUACAAAGAGAUUUGGGAAAGACUGAGUUAAUAAUAUUAAUUAAGUGCAAUUUGAGACUAUGGUUUCAUUUAAAAAAUUAGUAAUAAGGCAAUAUAUCCUCUUAUCUGUAUUUAUUUUCAUAUUUUUCAGGGUGGCACCUUUACAAUUUCAAAUUUAGGCAUGUUUGGUAUUAAGAAUUUCUCCGCCGUAAUAAACCCUCCACAGGUAAAAAAAAAAAAAAAAAAAAAAAAAAAACCCUCAUUUGAUUAACUUUAACUCCUAUUGUUUGUGUUUGAAAUGAACUUUGAUCUCCAGUGCUUAUGGAAGUUUGCCCUGAGCUUUUACAUACCACAUGUUAAAUAUUUUAAACACAAAACUAUUAAUGGUUUUAAGUUUUAACAAUUUUUAAAUGUUUAAAAACCUUAUCCCUCACAUGACAAACUUUCUGACAUAGUUAAGAAGCUGAAGCAUUACAUUUUUUCACAAUAUUUAUGCUUUUUUUUUCAAUUUCAGUCAUGUAUCCUUGCUGUGGGAGGAGCUGAUAAGAAGGUGGUGGUGGCGGGUGAUAAAGAUAUUGUGCUGGAUGAUCCCUCCAAAUCAAGGUUUGUAUUGGAUGGAUUAUUUAAUAUUUAAGCAUUUCUCCUGAAUCUCUGAAUUCAUAGCCUCAAAACUGUGGCAUCGUUUUUCUUUAACGUAAAAGUUUAAUUAAAUAGACUACUAGGACAGGUUCUGGUUGAAAAAAAGAAUUGCUAAAAAUUUUGCAAAAAUUUAUAGUUAAUUAGAUGAUAUAUAUUUUCAACAUAAUUAAACAACUAAUUUGUUCAAUAAAAAGCACUCAAAUCUCAUACAGUGAAGAAUACAAAAUCAAAUGGGCCUGUGUUUUUCUCAAUAUCCCUAAUAAGUAUUUCUUAACAUUUAUCAGACUUUAAAAUUGGGUUUUGAUUUUUUUUUCUCAAAAAGUAUUAAAAAUUUAUUAAGAUUGAAGCAUCAAGUUAUAGAAUAUUAAUAAUGCAGGAUUAUGAAAAUAAAUCUGUUAGUUUUAUUUAAAAUUUUAAAACAAAAGAAAGAGUUGAUGAAAACUGUGUCAAAAAUAACACAGGUUAAUUUUUCAAAUGAGACAUUUCUGUGAAAAUGAAGCUGCUAAACAAAAACAGGACAUUGUUUUCUAACUUUGUUAAUCUGAAAUUAAAGGUUUCUUGAGAUCUUCAUGCAUAUAACAAAUCAUGUUGAUUUACUGUAGCCAUAAUGAAACUGCAAGUCUCUACCUUUAAAUACAGCUGGAUUACCUAGAUAUAAAUUAACCUUAUAAACAACUUUCUCUUCGUAAAUUUCUUGUAUAUUUAAAAUUUUCAUUGUAAGUUUCCCACGUACUGUUUAGUGAAAAACCAAAACCUAAAAAGUGGUGGUGGCAAUCUGUAGAUCCCGUGCCCGUAGUUAGGUAAGCAAGUCCUAUCGACUGUUUUGGUAUUGAUGUUACUUGGUUGCAUGUUUUAGAUUGUCACUAGGUCCCUAUUAUUGUUUAUUGUUAGCCUUCAGCAGACAAAGCACAAGUAGGACACUUUUAGAAUGACAUGUGCACUUUCUUCUUGAUUCUGAACAACACUGUGAUUGAAAACUAGGCACCAGAUAGCAAAAUUCUUUUUCCUAACCCACCACUGCCUAAACUACAUUUAAAAAAGGGAAUACAGACAUUUUGAAACAAACGUAUGUUGAAAGAAAAUAUAAAAAAGACAAUUUAUUUAGUUAUUUUUAUUUUAAGUAAAAAAAAAUUUAAAAAGUUCAAAUUCAAUUAAUUAUAAACAAUAUUACUGCCAUUAACGUGGUAAGUCAGGAUCAACUUACAGAUAUGGUAGAUUAAUUAAAACUUUAAAGUCUGAUUUAGAUUCAACUUAAACCAUAGGGUUAUCCAUAUCACAUUCAGUAUCAACUUCAAUUACUUCUAAAUUGUUCUGUUAGAUAGUUUCAUCCUCUGAGUUUGCUAAUAAAUUUCUUAAGUAAUUGGAGGACUAUUUUAAACUUUUUGUCAUAACAAAAGAAGAAUACAAAAUUUUAGAACUUAUCCUAAGAAGAGUGAUGUUAACAUAAACAAAUGUGCGUAUGGUAGCAAGGUUUCAAGACACUGAACAAUCAUUUUAAUAUGUUGCCUAAAAUGCCCAUGGUUUUAGGCAUCUGUACCUAUUCAGCUUUGUCCCGGUGGGAGAAUUUAAAGCAAAAUUAAUAAAGUUUGUCGCCAAGAAUGGCAAUAUGUAUUUCAUACUUUUCCAUUGAACAAAUAUAAUUUUUACUUAGUAAUUUUUAAAAAGUAUAUAUUAUCAUCAAUUUAUCUAUCUAAUGUAUAUUAUCACUGUUCAGAAAAUUCAGCUUUACAUGUUGUUUAUCAUUAUUAUUUGUGGUAGUAAAUGUACAAUCCGGUUGACAUUAACUUCUUUCAGCAAAAAAUAAUUUUUGUGGUGUAUCUUUUAAGUUAGUCAUUACAUUUACUGUCAUUUAGUGUUAAUGCUAACUUAAAAGAGCACAACUUUACUUAUUUAUCAGGACAACUUUGCUUUAUAACUUUAUGAGUUGUGAAAAUAAAUUAAAAGUGCUCACUGCUCCCUCCAAAAUGAAUAACUUUUUUUUUCAAACUUUUAAACUGUCUACAUGAUUAUUUUAAAAUCACUUUUAUGCAGCUUGGUUUUUUUUUUUUUUUUUUUUUUUUUUUUUCUUAAAAUUUAUGUUUUUUUUUUUAUUUCCUUUUAAAAAAAUUUUUUAUUUUUAUUUUUUUUUUUUUUUUUUUUUUUUUUUUUUUUUUUUUUUUUUUUUUUUUUUUUUUUUUUUUUUUUUUUUUUUUUUUUUACAUCAAAUAUAAGUUUUUUGUUGUAAUUCCAUUUAAAAAACAUGUAUAUUCUUAUAGUGAUUAAAAUGCAAGAAAUUCUGAUAAAUGUUUUUUUAAAAAUAACUUCACCUUUUUCCAUUUAAAUAAUUAUAAUAAUAUACAAUUUUAAAAAUUGCUGUUAAAAAGGAGUUUUCAAUAAAUGGUAACAACAAAUGUGGUGGAAGCCUUGAAAUUAAUAAAAAUAACAGUAACACAUAAUAAAAACUUUUUUAUACCAAGAUGUUAAAACUAUUAAAAGUAAAAAUUAAUUUUUAAAAAUAUUUUCUGUCUUUCUACUUAUUUUUUUAGUCUCUACUUAUUUAUUUUAGAUUCUACUUAUUUUCUUUAAACCCACAUGAUUUUGUUGUUUUUUUAGGUUCAGCACAGCACACAUCAUGACUGUAACACUUAGUUGUGACCACAGAGUUGUAGAUGGAGCUGUAGGAGCACAAUGGUUAGCCGAGUUCAAGAGUUUGAUGGAAAAACCAGAAUCUAUGCUACUUUGAUGUCAUUGUUUAACUAUAAAUAAUUAAAAAUAUUACCUAUAAAAUAAUGAUCCUGAUAUCACAAACUAUUGGGGGAAAAGAAAAAUGAAAGAAAGAACCCCAAUUAUCCUUUUUAUGUCUUAAGGUAUUCUUUCUUUAAUACCCCAGGAGGUCAUUUCUUUCUGAAGUUUAAAAUGUAAUAUUUUAUGCAUCAUUAAGCUUUAUUUAUUUUAAAAACUUAAAUUGUAUGCUUAGGAGAAAAUGACAAUGAAAUAGUAAUAUUUUUUUGUAUGUUUCAACGUUCUAAAAGCUCAUUGAGUUCUCUAAUAUAUGAAUUAAAACAGUACCAAAAAAAAAAAAAAAAAAAAAAAAAAAAAAAAAAAAAAAAAAAAAAAAAAAAAAAAAAAAAAAGGCAAUACCAACUAGAUCACUUAGAUUGUAAAAAAUAAAGUUAGCGUGGAAGUAAAAUCGAGAUCUCUUUAGUGUUGGUAGCAAUUGCAAAUAACCAUAGAAAUAAUUUUCACAGUAACCCAAAAUAUUGUUUUUGUUUAUGAGUUAUUAGAAACACUACCUUAGUGACUAAUUGUAGAAACACAUUUAAAUACUGUAAAGUACAUGAUUUGUUUUAUUUCUAUAUAAGAAUAAUGCAGUUUUUAACAAAAAUGUUGCAAGCAAAUUUUGUGGGAUUUAUUGUAUCCAAGUUCACCAACAGAUCCAGCUGCAUGUGAAUCAGAGGUGAUGGGAGUGAUCUUAAAUGAAAGAAGAUUAGUAUUGUCACACUUGUAAUUGCUAAUAUCAAAGAUUUUAAGGUUCCAAAAUUAUUCUGGCUCUAUAGCACUAGCAGGUCUGCACUACUCAAAAUAUAAGGCAGGCCAUAAUACUUUAUGAACAACUUUUGCAGGCCGAAAGAAAAUAGGACAGGGAGGGGAAGCUAUUAAGAAAAUAAUAAAUAAUAUUUUGUUACUCGCGGGCUGCUUGUUGUGCAGGCUUGCUCUAUAGGCUUCCAGGGUGCAUGAAGUUCUAUCAUGGGCCAGUUAAAUUUUACAGAAUUAUUCACUUCAAAUUAUCAUUGUAAUAGACAAAUCUGAUGCCUUUCAGAAAGAAACUAUCAUUUUAAAAAUGAUACAGAUUUAAAAUGUAAUACAAAUUCAUAAUUAAGUAAAUAAUGCUUGCCAGUGUGUGUGGAAUUUUCAAAACUUAUUUUCAUAUAAGCCCCAUAAUUUAAUAUAUUUGCUUGAAAUUCUAGAGACCACUUUAAAAAGAUAUAUACUCAUACAUAUCUUUAGUGGAAAGUUUUGGAGAAAGUAGGUUUCUAGAAAAAGAAUAAAGAUUCAGAAAGCAAGGGCUGAUAUUUUCUCUUAAACUUCAAUCAGUUGUGAUUUGAUCCAGAUAAUGCUGUAUGAGUCAUGAGACAUUAAAUUUAUGAAAUAUAUUCAUUUGCCUAUCAGUUAAGCAUGUACUAAUUUUAUUUUCUACAACAUUAAUUUACAAAUAGUAGUGUUUUUUUUUUGUAUGUAAUGUAUGGACCUAGAUUGAUACAAGAAGUUGAGUUGUGAUAUGUAUAUGCUGUUUUUGGAGAGACGAAAUAUAGUUCUUUUUCAUCUUGUUUCACAGAUGAUAGAAAUGGCAGUCCUGAUUGAAACAUCUAUUGAAUGUGAUUUGUUUUCAAUACUACUAAUAAAAAUUAAAGGUUUAAAAAUUGUUUGCCCUCGCCUUAUAUAUUAUGGCAAAUCAUUUAUGAGCUUAAUAAGGUUCUAAAGCGUCAUUUAAGUAAUUCAAUUAAAUUUAAGGCACAAUGAUUGCUAUUUAGAAAUAUUAAGGAAUAAAUUGUGUUUGGAUUUGUGACAGGUAUAGCAAUCUAUGAUCUGUCUUGUUUUCAAAGGUGUCCUCAGUUUGAUUUCUUUCUUAGAAUUUUUUUUAAAGGUUUGAAAAGAAUGAUACGGAUUAGUAUGUAAUCAAUUGAUGUACUUUUUUGUUAGCCCUAAAUGCAUUUUUCAGGGAAAUUAUUUUAAAAAUUAAUAAUAAAAAAACCAAAAACAUUCAAAAUCAGAAAAUAUCAGUUAUGAGUUUUAAUUCAAUUUUUCACUUUUUGAAUUAAACUGUAGUAUGUGGAUAUCAGAGCUGCAAUACUGUUCAUCAUGUGAAUUCAUGGGAAUCUCAACAAUGUUAAAAUGUUCACCAAUCAUCUGAAAAUGAUGAAAUUACAAGAACAGUAAAUACAAAAAUUAAAUACUAAAUAAUGAAUUUUAUCUAUGAUGAAUCUUGUACCUGGACUUGUUUCAUGGACAAAACUAGCCAGAUGUUAAAUCUAAAGAGACACCUUAUUUGAUUAUAGGAGGCUUAACAAACUUACUUACCUACAACUUUAAAUAACGGUUACAGUAAAUAAUGAAUAAGAUGGGCAUGAUAUAUGUUUGUUGCCAUCAUUCAUAGUCAUACUGUUAAUUGAGCAUUAAUGGCAUAUUGUGCAACAGUAUCAUGAUUCAUAAACAGUAAAUCCUUUCAAAUUCAAGCUCUUUUUGCCGUGGUUAAUUUCCACAUCGAUUAUUUUUUUUAAAGAGGUUUUCUCACUUAACCAUUGUCUUUCCCAAGCCCUUAACCAGAAUAUAUUUUUUAAAUCCGCCAGGUUGGGAGGACAAAUGUGGACUUAAAUAUUUAGUUUACCCAUAUACUGUAAAAUGACUUCUAUAUUAAACUAAUAUGCGUUACUGACUCUGGCACACAGCUUUUGUAAUGAUAUCAGGAGCCUUCUGCUUUCUCAUCCAAUCAUAAGUCUUUAAAUUAAAAAUUGAAGGCACCGAUAUCUAAUUAAGGCCAAACCUUCAAAAAUCUUGAUUGCAAUUCAGCCUUAUUUCCUAUGUCUCUAUCCUCAUAACUGCAGAGUAUAGUCGUGUGCGCUGUUGAGAAAUACUCUAUUGUAUCUUUCAGCUGCUCCAAUGACUGAAAACACACAAAAAUGUUACAUUAAUUACAACACAAAAAUUUGGGAUCCAUGAAAAUAUUACAAAAAUCAUUUUCUGUGAUAGGUGCUGAACCUAUUUUACUUACCACUCUUUAAAAAAAUAAAAUUAUAAUAACUAGAUGAAAAUGUGACUUGAAUGUACAUAAUUAAAUGAAGUUUUUAAAUUGAUUUCGACUAUAAUUUACAGUACUGGUGCAUUCUUAGGACUAGGACAUGAACAAGCAAGUUAAUUCACCCUACCUGUUCAUAAU